AUGGCAGAAUCUGAAGAAUCUAAGCGAAUUUCUGGCCAAAUAGCGUCACUUUCAACACAGCUAAUUGAAAGUAUAGAUAAGCAAUCACAAUUGGAGGAAAAAUUGAACCAAGCAAGGAGAACGAUACAACUCCAGAAUGCAUCUGCUCAGCAAUCUAGUAAAGUUAGUGAAGAAUUGGAGUCCCUUAAAAGCUCGGUGAUUGAGAAAGAUUUUCUGAUCAAAGAGUUACAAAAACAAGUAGAUGGCGAAAGGGAACUCCGAUUAACGGCCGAGAAAGCCGUUGAUGAGCUCAAUAAAGAGGUCGAAGAUCUGACUGCGUCCCUCUUUGACGAAGCAAAUAAUAUGGUAGCAACAGCUAGAAGGGAAAGUCACGCCACAGAGAUUAAAAAUAACAAAUUGAUAGAGCAAUUAAAGGAAAAAGAUUCUAUACUAGAUACAUUAACUCUUCAACUGAAAAAUCUGAAGAAGGUUUUGCAAAAUCUCGAGGAUGCAAAUCCACCCCAUACAAAGAAUUAUAGAGGGUCUGUCAUAAUAAAUGAUAAUUCAAUGCCAUCAAGUACUUCCGUCAAGGAUCAUACCGAAAGAAAGUCCGAUUGGCCUUCAGAAUAUCACAUUGAUCCUAUAUAUUCACCAAACGUGUCAUCCAUAAGGUACGACUUGAGUCUCUUUCAGGAAUUCCUUAAAUUCAUUGCUGUACUCCCUCAUUGUCAGGGUAUAAAAGAUUCAGCUUCAGAAUCACACCUAUUACGGAGAAUAGUUCAUGAUGAGAUACAGCCCAUUUUGAGAAUAGACAAUGCCAGUGGAUUAGGAUGGAUUGUAAGAAGAACUCUUAUGUCCCUCAUGAUGGAUGGGCUUGUGUCAGUGGAACCUUUGAGCGGCUUGAACGAAACGUAUCAGUUUGGUAAUGCGUCACCCCAUCUGAAGAGCAAUGCCUUUGCCUCUCCUGGAGGAACAAUCAACAAAGACCUUCAUCUUUUCAAUUUUCCUGCUGAUUCCCCCCCUAUUGCUGUUUAUGAAAAAUGUUCGUUUUGUGGAGAAUCACGAAGGGAUGUUAUAGAGCAUGCUCGAAUGCAUGUACUGAAAACAAUGACUAAAGCAGAUGAUGGAUCCCUCAUUGUUACAAACAGCUUUCCUCUUUGCAACUACUGUGUGUUAAAGCUCAGACAAACUUGUGAAAUUUUUGCUUUCUUGAGAUCGCUUAAGAUAGGAGCCUGGAAUCUAGAAAAGAUCAGCUUAAGUAGCAUAGCAAAUGGUGAAUCUGAUAAAUACUCCAAAAUCACUCAGAGUUUCAAACCUGUGAGAAAAGAGGAUAAGGCGGCACAUGCUGAUUCCGAAUCAGCCUCCGACAGUAAACUUCCUACGGCACUCGCCAAUUCAACUACCAACAUACAACAAGCAUGGCUUCAGCUAUGUAAGCUUCGUGCUAUGUUGCAUUGGACCUACAUCGGCAUAUGGUCUGUGAAUGAUUCCAUAGCUUCCAGGUUUGGUCCCGUCAGCCCACAGGAAAGUGAUACCGAUACCUCGUCAGUUAAAACUCAUGACACAUAUGCGCUUAAGGAGGUCACCACAGAAGAUUCCUUCACACUUAGGAAGGAAUAUGAUGACGAAGACGAUGAUGGAGUAGAAUGUGAUGAGGAAGAAAAUGAAAAAGAAAGGCAGGUACACGAUGAUAUUGAGAAUGCCAAAAAGACUGAGAUUUCUAAAGAAGCAGUCACAGAUGCAAACGAUCAGAUUGGGUUAGGAAACUACGCAAACGAAAUUGAAUCAGAGUUCGACAAUGGAGAGACAACUUUGUCCGAAGUUGAUUCGGUUUCAAUGAUACCACUUACGGAUUCCGAGAAUAACUCGAAUCUUCCCGACGUUAAUAAUCCCAACAGUACCGAGCAAUUGAAUAUCGGACGGAAAAAGAACGACCUCAAGACAGAAGGGGAAGGAGACAUUUCCUUUCAUGCUACCAACCAGAUUAUGCCCGAAGCAAACCUCGCUUCUAAAAAUGGUGUUACAAAUGAGGAUCUGAGACGCCUAACUGAAGCCGGCAAUGACGAACUUAACAGUUCAUCGAGUAACCUGUCAAAUAAAGAAGAUCAAUUCGAUGACGCUCGAGAAGAGCAAUCAUUAACUCGUUGA